AAAAACACACACAAAAUGUUCGUCGGCGACGACGACUCAAUUCAGAUUGUUCGACUUCUUGAGCAGACGCUUACUUCCAUAGAUGGCGUUGCAGUCCGCGAGGCGACGGAGGCUCUGGAUCGACUUGCUACAGAGCUCCCUCACUUCCCUUAUCGUCUUCUUUCCAUCGCUUCCGGAGGAGAAAAUCCCAGCCAGAGAGUUGCCGCUGCAACAUAUCUUAAGAAUUUUACCAGAAGGAGCACUGGGAUUGAAGGGACAAUCUCUGAAGUCAGCAAGGAGUUUAAGGAUCAGCUCCUCCUAGCUUUGCUUCAGGCUGAGCCAGCAGUUCUUAAAGUUUUACUUGAGCUGCUCCACAUUGUUGUUGUAUCAGAAUUUGUGAAGAAAAAUGCAUGGCCUGAACUUGUACCUGAGCUGCGCUCUGCUAUCGAGAAGAGCAGCUUGAUUAGCAGUUCAAACUCUAGCUGGAGUACUGUGAAUGCUCUGCUGGUAUUGCUUACAGUUGUAAAGCCAUUUCAGUACUUCCUUCAACCAAAACUUGCAAAGGAACCAGUACCACAACAGCUGGAGAGUAUCACGAAAGAAAUUUUAGUACCCUUGGUGUCAGUACUGCAUCGUUUUACUGAGAAGGCUUUGACUACAAAGGGAUUAGGUGAACUGGAAUUGGAAAAGACACUCCACAUUAUCUGCAAAUGCCUAUACUUUUCAGUGAAGUCCCAUAUGUCAUCAGCUUUGUCACCUCUGCUCAGUUCCUUCUCUCGAGAUAUGAUCAGAAUUCUGGACUCCUUGAGUUUUGACUGGAGUGUCACUCCUUCAGAUGGGAACUUGAUGAGGUUGAAAGCUGGAAAAAGAAGUUUGCUCCUCUUUGGCACACUUGUCAGCAGACAUAGAAAAUACUCUGACAAAUUGGUGCCGGAGAUAGUAAACUGCUCAAUGAACAUUAUCAAACAUAGUUCCAAUAUCAGUAGGCUCGGAUGUCUAACUGAGAGAAUUAUAUCACUUGCUUUUGAUGUAAUUUCACGCGUCAUGGAAAUUGGCCCUGGAUGGAGAUUACUUUCACCCCAUUUUUCUACUUUGUUGGAUUCUGCAAUCUUUCCAGCACUGGUGCUGAAUGAGAGGGACAUAUCUGAGUGGGAAGAAGAUGCAGAUGAAUUCAUAAGGAAAAACUUUCCAUCUGAACUAGAAGAGAUUUCUGGGUGGAGGGAAGACUUGUUUACAGCCAGGAAAAGUGCCAUGAACUUACUUGGUGUCCUUGCCAUGUCAAAGGGACCACCAGUAUCUACUACAAAUAAAGCAUCCUCAGCUGCAUGUAAGCGGAAGAAAGGUGAAAAGAGCAGAAGAAAUAACCAAAGAUGUAUGGGAGAUCUACUGGUGCUUCCAUUUUUGUCAAAGUUUCCGGUGCCUUUGAAAAGUUACAUACUGGAUGCUAGUACUCCAGCAGCCUAUUUUGGUGUCCUAAUGGCAUAUGGUAGCCUGCAAGAGUUUAUCCAAGAACAAAAUCCUGAGUAUGUGGCAUCUUUUGUCCGUACUCGUGUGCUACCGAUUUAUUCUACACCUGAUGUCACACCUUACCUGGUUGCAUCAGCAAAUUGGGUACUUGGAGAGCUUGCGUCCUGCCUACCUGAGGAGAUGAAUGCAGAUAUUUUUUCUUCCCUACUGAAGGCAUUAGCAAUGCCAGAUCAGGUGGAGAUCUCUUGUUACCCAGUGCGUGUUUCAGCUGCUGGUGGGAUAGGUUCACUACUCGAAAAUGAGUACCAACCACCUGAAUGGCUGCCGCUUCUUCAAAUUAUUAUUGGUAGGGUUGGUAGUGAGGAGGACGAGGAUGGCAUUUUGUUUCAGCUUCUCAGAUCUGUGAUCGAUUCGGGAAGUCAAGAUAUUUCCACACAUAUUCCGUACAUUGUCUCUUCGCUAGUUAGUAAUAUGUUGCCGUUUCUGCAUCCUAGUGAAGAUCCAUGGUCUCAGGCUAUUCUAGGUGGCCUGGAGACAUUAGCAGUAAUGGCUCAGACUUAUGAGAGCUCUAAGCCUGCAGCGAAUGAAGAGAAUAAUCAGGCGACUGGAAUAUGGGUAACUGGUCAAGGCACAAUCAGCAGAGCUUUGUCAUCAAUUUUACAUCACGCAUGGCUGACAACAGAUGUGCCUCCGACUUCAUGCGUAGAUCAUUUGUCGAUGAUGUUGCGGUUCAUUGUGAUUGCUUCCACUAAUUGCAAUGAGCUCAGAUUAACUGAAUUACUCGUAGUUUGGGCUGAUAUUCUUGCUAGCUGGAAUGGUUGGGAAGAGUCGGAGGACUUAUCAAUUUUUGACUGCAUAGAAGAAGUUGUGGGUAUAAACAACAAAUAUGGUUUUAGGAGUUUCCUUUUCAGAGAUAUGCCAUCUCCGCCAGCCAUGCCAGUCCGUCCACAAUCUGUUGCUGAAUCCAUUGGUUCAUUUGUCAGCAAAGCCAUACUUGAGUAUCCGUCUGCCAGAAGGAGGGCUUGUUCUUGUGUCCACACGUUAUUACAUGUACCAGACUACUCUUCUGACAUCGAAGGGGUGGGAAAAUCAUUGGCAAUGGUCUUCAGUGAAGCAGCCUUUUCCCGUUUUUUAGGGUUGCGCGAGAAACCUUGUACUUUGUGGAGGCCUCUAUUACUGGUAAUAUCGUCAUGCUAUAUCUCCUAUUCCGAUGUUGUGGAAAUUGCUUUAGAGAAAGUGAUAUCUGGAGGUUUUGAGCUAUGGGCAUCUUCAUUGGCAUUUUCAUACUCACUUACGUUUGAUGCCACUCCAGCAUUAGCAUCGGAAAUAAAACUAUAUGUGAUGACGCUAGUAAAGGUGAUCGAGCAGCUUUUAGAUGUAAAGCAUGGGAAUGCAACUGAUGAUUUGGCAAGGAAGUGCUUUGUUUCAUUGGUGGAGGCUUCUCAGAGGCUAAAAGAAUUGAAUGAAGAAACAGACGAUGAUGAAGAUGAUGGAGAACCUGGAGAAGAAGAGACAGAAUCUGAAGAAACUGAUUCAAAUGACGAGGAUUCCGAGAGCGAUGAGUGUGAAGAAACAGAGGAAGAAUUUCUGGAAAGGUAUGCUAAAACUGCAGCAGAGUUGGAGAAUAGUGAAGUAACCGAAGAGGAAGAUGAAGAAGAUGAUGAACAUGAGAUUGAUUUGGGUUCUCUGAAUGAAAUUGAUCCGCAGAAACUGGUUUUAUCAUUAAUGGAGAAGCAUCACGAGAAAGUAAUCAAACUCGUACCCUCAGAAGUUAUCUCAACUUUUCUCAAUUCUUUUCCUGUGUUCACAAGUCUCUUCUCUAAGUGCCUCUAAACAUUAAACUAUAGUUUUUCUCUUUGUCCAAGUUUUGAUGCGGUUUUGGUUCAUGAUGUGUUUACGAUUCUGAGUCAGUUUCAUGUUCCAUGUUUCAUUGAGACUUUUGAGCCAUUUACAGAAGUUUAAAACUUUUCUGAUCAAAAAAGGCUUGAUGGUCUUUUUUAUAUGCGGAGAUAUUUUUUUUUGUAAGAAAUUACAAAUUUUGUAUACUGUUACGAAUUUUAAAUAUUGAUCACUUAUUUUUUA